UAAGGUUUAGUUGAGCAGGGUAAACACUGCGGAGCUGCAGAUUUCACUUCAACUACAUUCCACUGUGUCUUUUCUACGGAUUUCUUUCUCCGACAUCUCCCCAAUAAUAGCUGAGGUAUUUGUUGUGAAACAAAGAAAGAAACAUAGAUACGCCAAGUCUUCUGUUGUGCUCUCUUUUCCUACCUGGCUGAAGUUUGUCUCCACAAACAAUCACACAAACAGUUCCACAAAGAUUAGGUUAAGCCUAAGGCACUCAGUCAAAUCUCCAGUACCUAAACAUUGUGGAUACAUCUAACAAUGAAGCCAAGUUCAGUCAAGGAGAAAACGCACCAUUGUUCAGAGUGUGGAAAGAGUUUUACUACAUGGCAUAAUUUUAGAAGACACCAGCGCAUUCACACUGGAGAAAAAACGUAUUACUGCUCAGACUGUGGGAAGAGUUUUAAUAAUCAGAGUUAUUUCCAAGACCACCAGCGCAUUCACACUGGAGAAAAACCGUAUUACUGCUCAGACUGUGGGAAGAGUUUUAAUCAACAAAGUAAUCUGAAAAGGCAUCAGCGCAUUCACACAGGAGAGAAACCCCAUCACUGCUCAGAUUGUGGGAAGAGCUUCACUACACAGCGUAAUCUCAUGAACCACCAGAGCAAUCACACUGGAGAGAAACUCUAUCACUGCUCAGACUGUGGGAAGAGCUUCACUACACAGCGUAAUCUCAUGACACACGAGCACAUUCACACAGGAGAAAGACCGUAUUACUGUUCAGAAUGUGGGAAGAGUUUUACUCGGUUGAGUAAUCUCAAAGAACACCACCGCAUCCAUACAGGAGAGAAACCAUAUACCUGCUCAGACUGUGGUAAAAGUUUUAGUACACAUGGUAUUCUCAAAAUACACCGGCGCAUUCACACUGGAGAGAAACUUUAUAGCUGCUCUGACUGUGGAAAGAGUUUUAUAACACGAAGUCUUCUCAACAAACACCAGCGCAUUCACACUGGAGAAAAAACAUAUCACUGCUCAGACUGUGGGAAGAGUUUUAAUAAUCAGAGUCAUUUCCAAGACCACCAAUGCAUUCACACUGGACAAAAACCCUAUCACUGCUCAGACUGUGGGAAGAGUUUUAAUCAACAGAGUAAUCUGAAAAGGCAUCAGCGCAUUCACACAGGAGUGAAACCCCAUCACUGCUCAGAUUGUGGGAAGAGCUUCACUACACAGCGUAAUCUCAUGACACACAAGCACACUAAAGAGAAACCUUAUAUCUGCUCUGACUGUGGAAAGAGUUUUAUUACACAAAGUCUUCUCAACAAACACCAGCGCAUUCACACUCGAGAAAAAACAUACUACUGCUCAGACUGUGGGAAGAGUUUUUAUAAUCGCAGUCAUUUCAAAGACCACCAGCGCAUUCACACUGGAGAAAAACCAUAUCACUGCUCAGACUGUGAGAAGAGUUUUAAUCAACAGAGUAAUCUGAAAAGGCAUCAGCGCAUUCACACAAGAGAAAACCGUAUCACUGCUCAGACUGUGGGAAAAGCUUUAUUACACAGCUUAAUCUCAUGACACACCAAUGCUUUCUCUAUGACGUUAUCAGUGUGACGAUCUAAAAUGCCUUGAAUAGUAAUUAUAAAAGUAAUUCUCUGUAAUUCUCACUCUUUCUCUCUCUUUUGCUAUACCUCUGUAAUUCUCUCCCUCUCUCUUGCUAUAGCUCUUUGUUAUUCUCUCUCUCUGUUGUAAAUUAACCUGUUCAUACAAAUUUACUUUAUUUAACCAGGAAGUCCCUUGACAUCAAAUAUUUUUUUUUGAGUGAGACCUGGACAAAACUGCACACCAUUUCCAGCUACAGAAAACCACAACAAUGUGUUUACACAAAAACUUAAAUUAAAAUAAACAUAAAUCAGCAUGAAAGUACAAAACAGACAAAAUACAUUUAAGAGGAGCAAUUGCAUGUUUCCAUCACAGAACGCUUCACCAACUCUUCACCAUUAAGCUGUAAUUUGUUUUGAAGUUUAUUCCAAGACCAUGGUGCAAAAUUUGAGAAAGCUUUUCUGCUCAGUUUUAAACUAAUCUUGGGAACCUUGUAGAGCAGAAUUCUGGAAAAAACGUAAAGCACAGCAAAUGUUACAAAGUGAGAGCAGAUUAAACCAAAUAUGUUGGGAGCUUAGCCAAGAGAGCUUUAUAAAUAAAAAAGGUUUCUCUCUCAAACAAACUCUCAGGAUUGUUUGAGAAAAUAUUGUUGUUUUUGUUUUUUACUAAUCUUGAAUCUGGUGCUUCAUGUUCUUAUCCAGCAAGUGGCAGUAAUUCACCAAUAAUUAAAAGUGCUGGCUGCCAGAACCCUAAAAGAAGAAUAAGAAGAAGACUGCUGCUCCCUGGAUGAACAUAACCUGCAGAACUGUAGAAGGAACAAAGGUAAUCCAAGUCUUCUGUCGUGCUCUCCUUUCCUACCUGACUAAAGUUUGUCUCCACAAACAAUCAAGAGAUUCCACAAAAGAUUAUUUUCAAACUGCUCCAAAAGGUUAAGCCUAAGGCACUCAGAAAAGAAAUCUCCUGUACCUGCAAACGUUGUUGUAUACA